GUGACAUCAUCAUCAUUACACAGAACAGAUUAGCGGCUGACUGUCUCUGUUGUGUUGAAGCCCAAUCCAGCAGGAGAGACCAGUCUCACCUGUAACUAGCUGUGUGUCCAUGAAGAGUGACCAAUCUAUGGGACAUCCAGAGGGUUUCAGGAAGAGAGAUGGAUCUACUAAACAAAGACACCAACAGAACAGACCAAAGUCAGAGAUUCCUAGUGGUCAGUCUGCCCAGAGUCAUCAACCAGACCUGCCCGCUAUACUAAAAUCACUUGAAGAAAAUUCCAUCAGAUUUGUGAAGAAUGAGUUGAAGAAUAUCAACAGGAUUCUAAGUUCUGAGGGUUCAGAUCACCCAGUAUUCUUCGGUAGUCAGACAGAGGAUAAAGAUGUGGAUAAGCCCGAGAGGAUUGCCCGAGAGGGUGCUCUGGACAUCACAGUGUACAUUCUGAGGAACAUUAACCAGAAGGACCUCGCUGACAAACUGCAGAAAAGUACACCUGCCAUGAAGAGCCAACGUAAGCUAAAAUCUCAUCUGAAAAAUAAGUUUGAAUGUGUAUUGGAGGGAAUAGCUAAACAAGGAAACUCCAGACUUCUCAGUAAGAUCUAUACAGAGCUCUAUAUCACAGAGGGUAGAAGUGGAGGAGUCAAUAAUGAAAAUGAGAUGACACAGAUUGAGGCAGCAUCCAGGAGACCAGCAACACAUGAGACACCAAUAAAAUGCAAUGACAUCUUUCAGCCCUUACCCGGACAAGACAAAUCUAUCAGAACUGUGCUGACAACGGGAGUUGCUGGCAUUGGAAAAACAGUCUCUGUGCAGAAGUUCAUUCUGGACUGGGCUGAAGGGAAAGCAAAUCAGGAGCUUCAGUUCAUAUUUCCACUUUCUUUUCGGGAGAUGAAUUUGAUGAAGGAGUGAAACCACAGCUUGAUGGAACUUCUUCAUCGCUUUGUUAUGGAAACCAAAGAAUCAGGAAUCUCUAACUAUGACAAGUACAACGUUCUAUUUGUCCUUGAUGGUCUGGAUGAGUGUCGACUUCCUCUAGACUUCAAGAACAACAAGAUCUGUUUUGAUGUCACAGAGUCUACCUCAGUGGGCGUGCUGCUGACAAAUCUCAUCAAGGGGAAUCUGUUUCCCUCUGCUUUCCUCUGGAUAACCUCCCGACCUGCAGCAGCCAAUCAGAUCCCUCCGGGGUGUGUUGACCAGGUGACAGAGGUACGAGGGUUCAAUGAUCCACAGAAGGAGGAGUACUUCAGGAAGAGAAUCACUGAUGAGAAUUUGGUCAGCAGAAUCAUUUCACAUAUCAAGAUAUCAAGGAGCAUCCACAUUAUGUGCCACAUACCCGUCUUCUGUUGGAUUUCUGCUACAGUUUUUGAGAACAUAAUGAAGACAGAAAAAAGAGUGAUGCCCAAGACUCUGACUGAGAUGUACAUGUACUUCCUCAUAUUUCAGUCCAAACAGACAAUGGUAAAGUUUGAAGGGAAAGAGCAGAUUGAUCAACACUGGGAUAAAGAGAGCAUUAUGUCCCUGGGAAAACUGGCUUUCCAACAGUUGGAGAAAGGCAAUCUGAUUUUCUAUGAGGAAGACCUGAAAGAAUGUGGUAUUGAUGUCAAAGAGGCAUCAGUGUACUCAGGACUGUGCACACAGAUCUUCAGAGAGGAGUGUGGGCUGUACCAGGAGAAGGUAUACUGCUUUGUUCAUCUGAGCAUUCAGGAGUUCAUGGCUGCUGUGUAUGUGUUCCUCUCAGUCAUCAACAACAACGUGAAUCUAAUGGCCAAACCGCAAUCAACCUCUGCCAAGCUGCGGACACUGUCUAUUGACAACCGUCUAAUCGACCUGGCAAGGAGUGCAGUGGAUAAGGCUUUAGAGAGUGAGAGUGGACACCUGGACCUGUUCCUCCGCUUCCUUCUGGGCCUCUCACUGAAGUCCAAUCAGACUCUCCUACGAGGCCUACUAACACAGACAAGUAGCAACUCACAGACCAAUGAAAUGAUUGUCAAGUACAUCAAGGCAAAGAUGAGGGACAAGCCCACCUCAGAGAGAUGCAUCAAUCUGUUCCACUGUCUGAAUGAGUUGAAUGACCAUUCUUUAGUGGAGGAGAUCCAAAGCUACCUGAGAUCAGGAAGUCUCUCAGAAGCCAGCCUCUCAUCUGCUCAUUGGUCAGCUCUGGUCUUUGUGUUGCUGACUUCAGAAGAGAAGCUGGAUGUGUUUGACCUGAAGAAAUACUCCAGAUCAGAGGAAGGUCUUGUUAGGCUGCUGCCAGUGGUCAAAGCCUCCAGAACAGUUCUGCUGAAUGGAUGUAACCUCACAGAGAGCUGCUGUGCUUCUCUGGCCUCGGCUCUCAGCUCAAACUCCUCCCAACUGAGAGAGCUGGACCUGAGUAACAAUGACUUGCAGGAUUCAGGAGUGAAGCUGCUGUCUGCUGGACUGGAGAGUCCACACUGUCAACUGGAGACACUGAGGCUGUCAGGCUGCCUGGUCACAAAGGAAGGCUGUGCUUCUCUGGCCUCAGCUCUGAAGUCAAACCCCUCCCAUCUAAGAGAGCUGGACCUAAGCUACAAUCACCCAGAAGACUCAGCUCUGAAGCUGUUCUCUGCAGGACUGGAGAAACUAAAUUUGGACAAUGGUGAAGCACGCUGGUUACAACCAGGGCUUAAAAAAUAUGCCUGUGAACUCACACUGGAUCCAAACACAGCAGGCAGACAGCUCAUUCUGUCUGAGGACAACAGAAAAGUGACAUCGGUGGAGAGAUUUAAGGACCGGCCACAGGUGCUGUGUAGAGAGGGUCUGACUGGGCGUUGUUACUGGGAGGUAGAGUGGAGUGGGGAAAAAACUCGUUUGGCAGUGACAUAUAAAAGAAAAAGCUGUUUUGUUUCCAAUCUACUUGGAAGCAAUGACAUAUCUUGGGGUCUGGGAUGCUAUAGUGAUGGUUACACUGCCUGGCACAAUGGUAAUCACACUACCAUACUGGCCCCUUACUCCAAUAGAGUUGGAGUGUAUCUGGACUAUCAGGCUGGUUCUCUUACCUUCUAUAGCAUCUCCUCUGACACACUGACCCACCUGCACACAUUCCACACUACAUUCAAAGAGCCCCUCUAUCCAGGGUUUUUGGUUGAGGAGUCAGUGUCCCUUUGCCGAGUGAUUUUUAGCUCGAGCUGCUAGACCUUAUUGUUAGAAGCCUGGUCUCUAAAAUCGACUUUCUUAGCAACUGGACCUUCCAGGUAAAUCUGGCUAUUCAAAUCCAUCUUCCUUCUUCUUUGGUACAAAAUACAGUUUCCCAUCAAUAGAAGAAAAUGUUAUGUAGCAUAUUAUGUAUUCAAGUAGGCCUACAGAUAUUAUACAAUUAAAAAUAAUUAAACAUGAAGAAGGAAGUUAAGCGAUGUUGCCAUAGACCUAAUGUAUUGACCUUCAGGUUAUUGGUUAGGUUAGAUAAUAGUAGCCUAUAGACAGGCCUGCGAAUAUUGAAACAGCUCAGACAGAGUCUAAUGGUUUAAUACUAGGUAGGUCUAUCGAUUGAGCAUACAUGAAAGUGAUGUCAAUAUAUAGCCUAAUAAUCUAGCUAUUAUAUAAUUCAGUUAUUUUGCUUAGCUUGUUUUUAACAUUGCAAACUUUUUAAGCUAUUUAUAUUCAACUAUGAAGUUUUUGGUGGUCACAGAGAGACCAUGUUUAGCGUAGAUUUUCUGUGUGUAAAGUGAAGCGAGAGGGCAAACGGUGAUCUAACGACGAAUUUAGCUGUUCUACGAGUUGUCUGAGGCAGGCGUUAG